AUGUCGCUCGAGAGUGGCGGAUAUGUCCUGAGCUGCCAGCUCCGCGGGCACGAAGACGACGUUAGAUCCUUUCUCCGCUGGAGACAAGAUUUUGAUUGCCGAUUCUCGCCAUAUGGCACCGAUUUACUGCUUGCGCGGCCGCUACUUCAGUAUCAUUUCGUGUUGUUCUUCGUUGUCGCAGUUUUUGAUGGAUUCCUUUAUCAUUGGGUCACCAGGUCCGCGGUAUCUGUGUGUGUGACGUCGCUGGCAUCGCGACCUCGUCAAGAGACCGGACAGUGAGGUUUUGGUCACCUGAUCCCGGCAAGAGUCAUGGUUACGUUCUAUCGAAGACCCUGGUAGGCCAUUCCAGCUUCGUCGGUCCCCUGGCUUGGAUCGCUCCUAACGACAGUUUGCCAGAGGGAGGGAUUGUAUCUGGUGGGAUGGAUGCGCUCGUUCUGUUGUGGGAUCUGGCGAAGGGAGAAGUCGUAGAUACUAUGAAAGGACACCGGAUGCAGGUUACUGGUCUUGCGGUGGCCGAGAAUGGUGAUAUUAUUUCGUCGUCCCUUGACUGGUACACUUCUCCAGACCUUGAUUUUCUACGAUGCAUAAAUCGUCCGUGGAUUUAUAAAUCGAUGUGUGAAACUUUUCUGGCGUUCAGCUACAGCAUAAUUCGUUUGUUUUGGGAGGAAAUUUAUAAAUCGAUGUAUGAAAUUUAUAAAUCGUUCGUUUUGCUGGCGUCUCACCCAAUGCUUAAUUUGAUCAAACCUUAUAGCACUAUAAGGUGUUGGAGGAAAGGCCAGCUUGUCGAGUUUUGGGAGGCCCACAAGGUAGCUAUUCAGGCGGUCCUUAUGCUACCAUCGGGUGAGCUUAUUACAGGUAUCAAAUCAAUACCCUCACUCUUACUUGAUCUAAUCAAACAAAACACGAAACGUAUAAACGUGGUCGUCAUAAUUUCAGUUUUUCAAAUUUAUGGUGAAUCAUAGUUGAAUCUCAGUGUUGUGAUGGCUUUCACGUUGCAUCAUAUUCCAGGCUCAAGUGAUGCAACUCUUAAGCUAUGGGGAGGAAAAACUUGUCUACGAACGUUUUCUGGACAUGCAGGUUAGUUUCUCAGUUGUUUUCUCGGUAGUAUUGUAUUGUGCUAAAAGGUUUCAUUUGUGGCAUUGCAAAACUCUGCAAAUGGUGAAAAUUAGUCACUUUCAUGUGUUUGAGAGAUAUCUUUAUAUUAAUCAUAUGGAUGAAUUUCAACCUUGUUGCACAGAACUGCGUGCAUCUUGAAAGUUUCUUUUCGUUGUUAGACCCAAUGAUAUUAUGUACAUAGUGUAGAGAUAAAAUCCAUUCCCACAUAAAUGGUGAUUGGAACCUAAAGAAAAAGCCUUAGGUGGCUCUAUUUUUUCAUGUGUGCUGAGCUUGUUCACUCGAUCCUCAGGAAAAAUCUUGUUGAUAUUUACAUAAUUAUGUAUUGUUUAUUUUUAAAAGUGUCCAAGUUCAGUGCACAAGCACAGCUAGUGUGCUACAGAAAAAGCUGUGCAGCCUUUCCUCAGGUUCGUAGAGUCUGGUUUCCCGUUUACCCACAAUGGAGGAGUAAGACUAGUUAUUGGUUUCAGGUUGUCAAAUUGUUAUUAGUAAAUGCAGCUUAGGACCUCGCGCAGUGUUGUUACGGUUUAUAAUGUGUAUUGAUCGGAUAAUUGUCUUGGUACGUGAAAUUUUGCUGUGAGCUUGUUCCCAACUACUUUAUUUGAAAGCCUUUGAUGAUACCACCAUCAUUCUUUGUAUUCUUUUUUCAUUUGAUGUAAAUUUUUUGUCAUAAAAUUUUCUUGCAUUUUCGUUGUAAGUCAUGAUUGCCACAUUUAUUCAUACUAAGGGAAGUGAAAUCAUUGAAAAGAAAAGUUUGAUGCACUUUCAACUUGCAUAUUUUGGUGCCAUUGAUCAAUUCAUCAAGUAGCCAAUCUCAUUCAUUGCCCAUUUUAUCUUAAACGAAAUGUCAUUUUUCAUUUUCUUAAUUUGCCAUUUGUAUGUUUGAAAUGAUUUUUCAGGAGUUCAAUGUGAGUGUGCUUUGAUCUGACUUGAGAAUUCCAUAUCUUGAUCCUUCUUGCAUACCUUACAACAAAAUCCAACUGACUCAUUUCCGUUUAAAUUUUGCAUUAUUUUUCUUCAAAUCAUUAUUAUUUAUUUUUAUCAUCUGAUUCAUGGAAACUGAGCUUAUGGUCACUGGUAGAUUAAUGUUACUUCUAGAUUAAUGGCCGUCUGAAAUUUUAUUUUUUUCCACUUUAGAAAGUGUGUAAUGAUAAAUACUAAUGUUACUCACAUGAUCAAGCCUGCAGAUACUGUUCGAGGUUUAGCAAUGAUGUCUGACAUCGGGAUUCUUUCUGCAUCACAUGAUGGGUGAGCUGUUUCUAUUGCAUUUUCUCGAAGAAAUUUCUCCUGAGAUAGAUUUUGGUUAUUUGGCUCACCAGAUUAUUCCUGUCUCCAGAUUCAUCCAUCAAUCCUGGACAUCCCCUGUGAUUUUCUAACAAUGUUUUUUAAUUUUCCCAUGUCUGCUUGACGACAGCUCAAUUAGGUUAUGGGCUUUGACUGGUGAGGUCUUAAUGGAGUUGGUUGGACAUGCUUCCCUUGUCUACUCUGUGGAUGCACAUAAAUCUGGGCUCAUUGCUAGCGGUGGUGAAGAUCGUUUUUUGAAAAUAUGGAGAGGUAAUUUCCUUGUUUCUAUGUGGAAAUUUACUACUAGUUGUCAGCAUAAUUUUAGGAUGAAUUGAAUAUUUGAUCUGCUGUUGUGGCUUGCCUUUUGUUUUAAUUUGCAUUGCAGAUAUAUUUAGGGAAGCUAUUUCUCUAAUUAGUGCUGCGUCACUAGUGGAUAAUCUCUGACUUCCUUUAUGCCCACUAUUUUUCUUUCACAUCUGCUACUUCGUUGAGGCCGGAGCAUUUUAUCAUUGAAAGGGCGCUUUCGUUUACAUUGACGUUUUGUGAAAGCAUCGGCAUAAAUAGUUUUAUUCUGAAAGGGCACUUUCGUUUCCCACAUGCCUCAUUUUACUGCUAGUGAGAAAGAUCUAUCAAGCAUGUUACAACGUCAGCAGUAGUUAGCAGGUUGGAGUAUCUCCUUGAUUGUAGUCUCUGCAUAUUCGAGCUGGGAAGAAUCCUCUGAAAUAUCCUCUUCACGUUGAAUAAAGUCCAGACGAGUUGGGAAAUAGCUAAGUUUCAUGUGGGAAUGCACUGUUAUUUUAACUAAAAAACCUUUUGGCGAUUAUUUUUUACAUUUUUUUUAAUGGAAGGAAUAGGGUUCUCUAGAAGCAACCAUUUUUCACUCUCUCGCUUCCUUUGCAGGGUUACCAAGGCUUACUCCAUAUAACUAGAACUCCAAUUCCAUUCAUUUCCGCAACUGCAUAGGAGUCAUCUGACUGUGCUAAUGAGUUUCUCUCCUACUACAUAAUGCUCCUGUUUAUUUGAAUUGAGAAACUGGCUCAACAAUUGCAAAUGGUCUGGUCAUCUUGUGAAUUGAAAAGAACAGAUUGAUUAAAUAAAUAUAUUUUAAAUUUUAAUUAUGGCAGUAACUUGCGUUGAAUGAAAUUUGCCUUUGCCAAGUCGUCUCUUUGUAAUCAGUAAAGUAUUGCGUUAUAAUGUUUUUUUGUUAUGGUCAUUUUUUAACUAGGAUAUCUUUUUGCAAAUCAGAUGGUGUUUGCAUACAGAGCAUUGAGCAUCCUGGUUGUGUCUGGGAUGUCAAAUUCUUGGACAAUGGAGAUAUUAUAACCGCUUGUUCUGAUGGAACUGCACGUAUCUGGACGUCACAUAAUGAGAGGUACUCGGAGGAAACAGAGCGUGAAGCUUAUGUGUCUCAGAUAUCUCAGUACAAAGCCAGCAGGUGUGUUCUUUCUGAGAAUGUAGCUGUUUCCAUAUAUAAUCUAGUGGGUUCAUUAUCGUCAUAACUAAAGCUUUUCUUAAUUAGUUAGGUUGUAUGUAUGAUCCUUUCUUUGCCUUUGUCUGAGUCCAGGGCAUUCAUAUGCCAAAAUAUUUGUGGGAGUUCAUGAUGACUAGAAUAUCUGUUAAAAUUAAGAAAUGCUGCUCAUUAAGUUUCUUCAUUCAGGAAGUCAACUAUGAAUCUGAAUCUUCAAAACUGGAUCAUUCAGUUGGGUUGUAGGCUUCUGUAACCCACAUUAGGGAAUGCUGGAUUUUUCCUACCUAGUGCAGGAGUAACAUUCUCCUAUUUUAAAUAAGAAAAUGUCAAAUCAAUGGAGCUUCACGUGUAGUUUCCUAUCACAAUGGAGAAAAAGUAAACUGGGGUCCUCUAAAUGAAAUAGCAAUGUUGAAGGUGUAAACUUUGAGAAUAUCUCAACGUUCCGUGGUAAAUCUUUUCUAUGAUCAUAGUGGAGAAAUAAGAAGAGAAAAGUACAAAUAAACUUGGUAUCCGUCUCUCAAGAUCUUAAAUAGCUUUUAUACCGUAAAUUAGAUAUGCAUUACCCUAGUCACAUUGAUAAGCUUUGACUUAGGUGAAACAGACGUUAUACAAGAAAAGACGAUUGGAAGAUUUAGUCGCAUAUUUUACAUGCAACCAUUUGGGCUACUUGGAUGGAUAGAGAAAUAUACAUUCUAGAAGGAAAACUGCUACAAACCUUAAAAAGUAGAUUUGUUUGAAAGUUAGGUAUUGAGUGAGAUUAGUGUGGAUUGAGGAAAGAACAGUCGGUUAUUUUGGGAUUGCUAUUGUGUUUUCAGUUUUCGUAUAUAACUGAUGUAUAUGAUGUUCUUUAAGAGCUCAUGGAUCUCACUCUUGGCUUGUACUUUUUUAAUUUUAUUUUAUAAUUAUUCCCUGUCUAUUUUUUUUUGAAAAAACCGGGCUACCUGCAUCCUCUUUUCAAUGAUGAAGAAUACUCUCAGAAGAACAUACGUAUUUAUAAACACUUAAAAUUCUAUUGCUUCAGUAAGUUGUAAAAGGUUUAAGGAAACAUAGAGCUCUACUAUAAUUUUUUUUUUUCUGAAAUUACUCUUAAUGGACUUGAGGCUUUCUGAAGUCCAAUGGCAUGGCCUUCUAAUGAAAAUUACUACGAGGGCCUCCACCUAACGAUGGGACUAUUACAUGCUAGUCUACUGAUGUGGUACUUGUUGUGUCAAAGCCUCAAGGGUCUGAAACCUCUGUUGUGGAAUGUGGCGGGAAAACAGACUGUCAGAUAUUGUAACUAGGGGUGGGCGAGUGUAGAAGCCUUUAUAUUGGCCUCCUUACAGAUUCCUACUAUUCAAUUUUAAGACCUUGUUGACGAUUUCUAUUAGACCUUGUCCUACUACUUCUAUAGCACGAUUUCAAGUUCACAACACGUUAUGCAUAAAAAAUUUUAAUUGGUUCUGGUCUCUUGGAUAUUAUGUUCAAUAUUUUCCUUGGGAAAAUUUUGCAACCUUUACUUCUGAAGUACAGAUUUUGAGAAAGUGGUCGUUGUUGUUACAAAUUUACAAUGUGCAAAAUAUCGAGCAAUCUUGUUCCAUUUCUCCUUGAGAAGUGAAAUAGCACAACAUUGUCAAAGAUAGCAUGUGGCUUAUCCUGUAAACUUUGUAAGGGAAGUUUCACCUUCUUAGACGUCUAAUUAGAAUGACUUGGGGAAACAUUCCUCCCUCUAGUCCACUAUACACAAAGCCAUUGCCUCUACCAAAUACAGUAAUAUCUUUUUUAUGGCACAGUGACAUUGUUUCAUCUUCUCAUCAUAUUUUUUCUUGAUGUGUGUCCUUUAUUUAUUUAGGAAGAAGGUUGGUGGAUUGAACUUGGUGGAUCUUCCUGGGUUGGAGGCCUUGCAGAUUCCUGGUUUGUUCACUGCAUAUUUCAUACUUGUUGUGUAAAUCAUCUUUCUGUUAGUAUUUCUUUUGAAAUUUGAUCCAGAUAUCAAGUAGAAUAUAUCUUCUUCUUCUCACCGUUUUUGUUGUCUUAGGUAAGUUAUAGUUGAAAUGUUGAAAUGGUUGUACUGGAAGUGUUUGUACAAAAGCAAAAAUGACUAUUAAAAAUAUUAAAAAUGGCUCUUAUAAAAUUAAUUGUCAAUAUCGUUUUGAUGGAAAUCACAUUCUGUUUUUCAUGAAAAUGAAUUUAGAAUCAGAACAAAUAAAUUCGGAUGAACACUUCCUUCUGACUGGGAGGAUGCAAAUUUCAACAGUCUUUAGAAUGCUUCUUGUAGGCUUCAUUUGAUGAAACUAUUUGAAUGGUCCCAGGAGACAUUAAAAUCAAAGAGACUCCUGCAAAGCAAAAUCCAAAUAACCCAGAAUCACAACACUGGUGGAGAUCGUUUCUUAAUUCAUCUUUUUGAUGAUCACUGAGCCUAUUGUUCAUGCACAAAAUUCGUGUGUGCUCAUCUAAACAGAAAGAAAGAGAUUGCCAUGGUGUUAUAUUAGACAGCCGUCAGACAUUCACAAAAAACCGAUAAAGAGUAAAAAGAAUGGAACCUGUUGGACGAUUAUUUGCUACUGAAUUAGGUGACUCGUGUUCUAAUUGAAGUAUUAAUAUGAUUCAUCAUUGUGUGUUUCUGCACAAUCAAACUAUUCCUUCAUUCUGAAGAUGUUUAUCUGAAUUUCCUACCAUUUUAUUCUCAUCAUUUCUCAACGGAGUUUUUUUGGAAAAACGAAAAGGUGGAUGUACGGUGUAUACGAGAAAAAAAAGACGAAGAUAUUCAUCCAUAUAUAUAUUCGGCUCUGGAAAGAGUAAAAAAGCUCUCUAUACAGAGCCAAAAAGUGUACGCCAGGAGCAUGUAUUUCAUCUAAGAAUUGAUCAUUUUCAAGAUGGUGACCUCACUCCUUGCAUCACAAAAACUCUUGCCAAUUUUCUCACAUCAGGAAAUUGAACAAAAACGGAAUAUAUCCACCAAACUGCACACACUCCCAAAAGUACAGCUAUUCUGUACCUUUCAAAAAGCUCUAAGGGCCAUGUGCAGUAUGAGCAAGAGCAACGGCAGUACAUUAUCCCCUUCGAUUUUCCUGAUCUAUUGCCGUCUUAAUCCAACCACUUUAAUAUCUAUAGGGACGUGGUUCUUAAUGUUAUCAUGCUGAUUAUCAUUUCCCAGUUUCAACGGAGGUUGCAUUACUAGUAAAUGGAAUUAUCUUCAUUUCUAUCUUUCUAGAAUAUUUAGCUUAGUGCUAAUGGUCAUUAUGUUAUGGGUUUAUCCCAUAUACUCCUCACUACUCUUUGUGGGAAGGGUAAGCCCUUACACAUCCAAGCUAGCCUGAUAUGUUCUGAACAUGGGCAUGACAAGGAUUCUCACUCACUUGCAAUACUAGUUGCUAAAUAUGGUUUGCUAAAUCGAUUGUCUCGAUUUGGAGUUAGAGUACACUGAAGGAUUGGAUUCUGCUGUACUUGGUCCAAUCGCAGAACUAUCCUGAUUUUCUGAUCCUUCACCCAGAAUUGUCUCUUUUGAAAUUCUCACUUAUAAUGCCUAAAUUUGUAUUUUCCCCGUUUAGUCUUCUUCUAUAAUGGAAAAUAUUUCUUUUACGUUUAAAUGCUAUGAUAAAAGGCCGCACUUGUGCACACCUUCAGUCUUAUGCUACAAACUUGUCUGUCUUAAAGAGCUUUUGACCACUUUUUCUGUUGGAAUAAGUGCUGCGAAGGUGAUCAAUAGAUGACCGUGAGAACAUUUGGGUUCUUGUUAGGUGUCUGUUUGAAGAUUUUGCUUGUAUCAAUUUCAGCAUUCUCCAUCUGCUCCUCCUUUUUCAUACUUGUUUGCUUUACAAUUCAGGCACGCAUGAUGGCCAGACAGCGGUUAUUAGAGAAGGGGAUAAUGGCGUAGCCUAUUCAUGGAACUCCAUAGAAACCAAGUGGGAUAAAGUACGAACUUUUUUUAAUUAGACAAUAGCGUUCAUUUAUGUCCUGCUCUGAUUUAAAGGUUACAAUACUUAUCCUCGUCGUUAUUCUCCUUAUUUAAGAUUGGGGAAGUUGUUGAUGGGCCUGAGGGAAAUACCAAUCGUGCAAUGCAUGACGGUGUUGCGUAUGAUUAUGGUAGGGGGCUUUUGUUUCAGUUUUAUGGUAUUCAUUUAAUCCCUUUUGUCUGCUAAUUUUUUGUCAAACUUUCCAUUGUGUUGCAGUUUUUGAUGUUGACAUUGGAGAUGGUGAGCCAAUUCGGAAAUUGCCAUACAAUAGAUCAGGUUUCUCUAUUCACCAGAAUUUUAAAUUUUCUGCAGAAGGGAUGCUACUUUCUUGAAAAUCUGUCACAAAUUCUUGUUUCGGUUGCACUUAUUGAAGACGCUUUACACAUGCAAGUCUAUAGAUGUCAAAAUAGGCCACACUUGAAGUUUCCUCCAUGCCAAGGUCUAGUAUGCAUUAAUGAAGAUAUUUGUUUUAGAAACGUAGACAUGUGUAGAAUUUUCAUCUCAUGUUAGCAAAUGCAACUUUAUAAUGCCAUUGAAAAAUGCUACUUUAAAUUAUCAUCAUCUAAAUUAAUGUUUUGGGUCCUUGGUAUGGGAUAGUCCCUUAAGGUUUGUAUCUCACAGCACUAGUGCAACGGACUCAAACCUUCAAGUCUGCUGAUAGUAUCUCUCUGCCAGUUUUUUCGCUUUGAUCGAAUGACUUGGAGUUCAAAAUGUGAAGAAAGGCAUUGUCAAAAUAGCGACCCUGAUGGGAGAUGGGGCAAUUAUUGCUCAGAGAGAAAAAUCACGACAAAAUUUCUAUCUUGAUUUUUUUCCUUUCAUUUUCCAUAUCACCACAUGAGAACUAGUCUCGCAUUUCCUUCAUAGUCUUUCAAUCUUUUUUUCUCAACGUAUACUUCCGUUGAUUUCACCUUUUCAGUAUUUUUUUCCGUGUGUAUUUCAAUUUGUCUGAGCUUUAUCUUCUUUGAGCAACUAUUUAAUUCCACCAGAAAAUAGUCAAGUAUAGCCACUCUGGCAGUAAGUUCCCUUCCUCCAUAUCUUCAGUUUCUCCAUCAACUUUUAUGAUCGCUAAAUUGUCUGAUUCAUGAUUGAAAGUGGUAAAAUAUGAUGAUUCAUCGCGCUUCUGACUACUGCUCGUCCAGUUAUUCCUUGAAGUAGCUUAUGAUGGAAUGACUGUUAUAUCUGAAUAGUUCAACUUUUUCUGUGUAUUGCCUAAAUUGCCAAUGGGAGUGUAUAUAGAAGGCCUACGUAAUCUUUACGUGGCCUGCCUGUAUGAAAUGGCGUUUAAGUAAAUGCAUGCGGUCGAAACAUAUAUUAUGCACGCUACAUCCCUGGUUUCCAAUGCUCAUCUAGUAGUUUCAUUUCAAAUUAGUCUUUGUGGAUUUUAUUGCUCAGGAAUAUGCCUUGUUAAGUUCACAGUCAUGCUUAUGCCUAUUAACUACAUAUUGCUUCAACUUCUGAAACGUAGCCUUGUCCUUUUCCCGUGUGUAUGUGCAUUUAAAAUUUCUGUCACAUGAUGUCUUUUCACAUUUUUCUUUCCCUCUAAAGAGAAAACUCUGUCGGGCCUUGAAAUUUUCCGUUGUGCUUCCAUAUCUUAGUCUUGAAAUCCCUCUUCUACCUUCUAGAAGCCAAUGUAACUUGGAAUUAGAUCAGGUGUUUGGAUCAGUCAUUCCCAAUCUAGUUAGGAUUGGUAUCAGGUCUGCAUAUCUGGGGGGAGUGUCUGAUUUGAGUGCAUGAUGAGGAAAGGUCUAUAAUUACGCUUAUUUGUCUGUCUUCUCCUUACCAUUCUAGAAUCAAGUUGGCAACAUAUGCUUUUAUCUCCCUCCUCAUGCUUAGAAUAAACCAUGGAUUAAACUCGCUCAUAGUCUCUUGGAAGCGAAUCCUAUCGGUUGAAAUUUUCUAACCAUUGAAAAAAUUCCAUAGUUCUCUCCUUCUCUCUCUGAUGCCAAAAACCACCCAUCAUUUUGCGAGAAAUCUUGGAUUGUCUAUUUUAUUUUCCUCUCUGUCAUGUCCCCUUUGCUGCAAAAUAACUUGAACUAGUGCUCACGCAUUGGAUUUCUCUGAUCAAUCUCUUAUCAUCAUACCUUCGUCUAGGCGAAUGGAACUGGCAACUUUACUCACAAUCAUCCUAGACGCUUCAUCUGGCAUAGGCUCAUUUAUGUAUUGACCUCACAGGACCUGGUCCUCCUUUCAUUUCUUUCCAUGCUGUUGUAUUUACCUUGAAAGUAAGAAGCCAGGUAGGGGAUGUUCCAGAGUGAUCAGAAGUAAUCAGAUUCUGGACUGUAACAUCGCAUUAUUUUAGUAAAAUUCCCAUGAAAAAAGAUUCUUUGAACUCUCUUUGAAUAAUAUGUAUUAUAAACUUGUCAAUAUAUUCAUAUUUUCAAGUUUCACAAUUUUUCUGUAUUGAAGUUACUACCCUCACUGUCCCUGCACCUACUUUCAGAAAAAAAAUGUCGGAUGUAUGUAAUACGCUUUAGGUAAGUGACCAGCUUUCCUUAUGGCACCGGUUAUAUGUUGUGAUUGCAUCAAAUAUGACGUGACCUCAGAAAUACACCCACUCAGUUUGACAGGCUGGAGUAAUUUUAAAAUUAUUAGAUAAUAAUUUCUAGUGUUUCGUCUGCCCCAGUUGUCUGUCCAUGUUAUUCUGAUCUACUUUAGCUUGUCAUAUGUUGACAGAGAAGUUUUUAAAACAGUGCAUUAACUGUGUGUUGAGACGCAAAUAUAAGAUGCAUCUGUGAUGAUUUAUUUCCAAAUUCAGUGACUUACACACUCGAAACUCUUUUUCACUGAUCUUUAAAUUUAUGCUUCCAAGGUUUGCAAUUUCUAUCCCUAAAUAUGCUCCAUCAGAUCCUUACUUACCCCUGAUGUUUUAUGUCAUUGUUCAUCCCUUCCCCUCCCAUCUUAAGAUUCUUUUGAAUAUUGAAAUCAAAACUUUGGCGAUCACUACCUUUCAAAGUUUGGCAAGACCAGUGCAUUUGAACUCCCUCUUCACUAUAUUCCCCACAGUAGCAGAUGCAUGAAUUUCUACAAUGUAAGCUUCUCUCCCAGCACUUUAAUUCUGCUCUUUGCCUUUUUCAAUAAACAUUUUUACCAAUUGUCCCCACCUGCCAAUUGCAUUUAUUCUCGUCACUGGCUGUAUGUUUCUUUCUUCUUCUUUUUUAGUCCAUCAGUGUCUUAUCUCUUAUCUUCUGCACAACGAUAACAUCCUUUUAGCAUUGAAGUUUGCAUUAUUAUCACUUUACUGAAUGAUCUAUCUUUGAUUUGCAUUCUGAAUUAGCUUCCGCAUACUAUUAUUGCUAUUUCCAGAUAAUCCUUACACUACAGCUGAUAACUGGCUUCUGAAGGAAGACCUACCUCUUUCUUUUCGUCAACAAAUCGUAGAUUUUAUCAUGCAAAAUUCAGGACAACGUGACUUUUCGUUUGAUCCUUCAUUUCGAGAUCCUUACACAGGGGGUAAAUAUCGCAAUCUUCUAAUCUGAUGAAAGUGCGCCAGAAAUGCUUUACGCUUCAUUUUAUCUGACUGCUGAUCAUUAUGUAUGAUUUCUGAUAUCUUCAGCUAAUGCAUAUGUACCUGGAGGACCCUCUAGAAGAGAACCCUCCGUUCCUGUAGGUAUGUCCUUUCUAUUGGUUUCUCAGAUUGUAGUGUGUUCUUUAGUAGAUUGUUCACAUUUUUAAAUCAAUACUAUUUCUAAAAUUUCUUCAUUUCAUGUCUUCUUCUCAUGUGUCUUAGCCUAAGGCAUCUUUUAUCUGAUUCUCUUGUUUUACUAGUUGCAGUACAGAAUUCAACGAGGCCUACUUUCAAGCAUAUACCAAAGGUAAUCUCCUCUUGCGAUUUUUUUUCUCAUUGCAUCAAAUCUAUUUGUCUUAUUGCACAAAGCUUGCUCAUGCUUUUAUAUAAUUAAGUUAUAUCUUAUACUUUCUCAUUGCAUCAAACUUAUAUUGUCGAAUGAUUUUAAUACCUAAUUAUGCCGCAACAAAAAUGGGCAAACUGAGUCUUUUAUCUUAAUUAUUGUUUAAAAAACGACCACUUAAGUUGUGUCAAUUUUCGUUUUCCUAGUAGUUCAUGAAAUGAAAAUAUGAAAAAAAAAUUAUGUUUUUCUUUUAAUUUUUCUUGCAGAGAAUUUCUGCGGUUUAUUUUUUUAUGGGUUAGUCUACUUUUCGUCUUCUUUUUCUCUAGGACCAUCAAGAUUAUCAAUUUUAGUUUGAAUUUACUUUUCAGGAUCGAAACCUAAAUCCUCCCUGUUUUAUGUUUCAGAGAGGGAUGCUUUUAUUUGAUGUUGCUCAGUUUGAAGGGAUUCUUAAAAAGGUUGCAGAAUUCAACAAUUCUCUGUUUUCUGACUCUGUAAGUGCCCUUGGCUAGUUGAAUAUCUUGCAUUCGGAUUGAAAAAGUAUUUCCAAAGUGUUGAAAACAUUUUAUUUGAAUAUAAUUGUUUUUAAACUUGAGGUUCCUAGACAUACUUCCAGCUGUUAGAAUUAGCUAAAUUUGAAAACGAAAUACUUUAUUGGUGACCAUUCUUUGUACUUUCUUUGUAGGUUUUGUUGAUAUCCAAUAAUUUUUCUGGAUCUAGGCUAGAAUUUUUGUUGAAAACUUUUUCGACAAAAUUGUAUGCAGGUGCAGAAAGGCUUGUCACUAAGUGAAUUGGAGGUGUCAAGGCUUUCUGCCAUUGUCAAAGCAUUGAAAGAAACGUCCAGAUACCACACCAGUACAUUUGCGGACAGUGACCUCGCUUUACUGGUGAAAAUAUUGCGGUCUUGGCCCCUGUCAAUGUUGUUUCCGGGUAGUUAUCCAUUGUCCACCGCGAAAUUCUGUUGAACUUUAAUUCUUUAUUCCUUGUGUUCAUUCAAUAUCUAGUUUUUAAUCUGGUCUAUGAAUCUUCUUUCAUCUGAGCUCUGUACAGAUUCAGUGUUGUGUUAAAUAUGUCAAUGAACAGCUUGAACUGUUCAUCGGUUGAGAUCAUAAGUUUUAUCAAUAUUUGUACUCCUCUUCUAGUUCAGAAUUCCUGAUUUGGUUCUCUUACGCUAUUAUAAUUCAAAUUACUACCCGGACGUUCAAUGGUUUGGGAUCAAAAUGUUUAAUACUAGUAUGUUUAGUAACUGUCUAGUUGUUUGAUGUUUAUGUUCCAAGGAGCUUUACCAUUAACCACGAGAAUAUGUACCCAAAACUCACACAAAAGUUAGUUCUCAGUCCCCAGCAAGCUUAGGGGCUCCAAUUGUAGACUAUUUUUUCCACUGACCACCAAAAUACCCGAAUUAUAUAUUAACGAUUGUCGCAGUUGUAUAGUAGGUGAUGCAAUAGUCAUUUGAUUGCCUAAUUGUUUCUACUAGCAUCAAUGACAAUUUAUGCAGAGGUUGUGUUUCAUUUUUUUUUCUGUGAUUUGUCAUUUAUAAUUUUUUCUUUACUGACAUGGUAUGUUAUUUGGCAGUUAUUGACAUUUUAAGGGUAUUCAUUUUGCAUCCUGAAGGAAUGGGUUUACUCCUCAAACACGUUGAUGAGGGAAAUGGUAAAUGACGUACAAGUAACAUGGAUAUAUUUUCGUUCAAGAGUCUGCUAUACUUUCUGCUUUUUAGCUUCACUAAUAACCUAUUGCUCUUAGAAAGAUAUUGGAUCAUUGUAGGGCCUGCUUUGUGAUUAUUUUGCUUCAUCUUCUAAAAGUUUUGUGUUUAGAAUAACUGGUGCUCCAUGCCCUACUGCAGAUAUACUGAUGGAGAUGUUUAGGAAGGUGACGGUGUCCCCUGUUUUGGCAUCAAAUCUUUUAACAAUCACUAGGGCUAUUUCAAACCUCUUCAAGCAUUCCCGUUUCCAUAAGUGGUUGCACCUCCAUCACAGUGAGGUCAGUUUUUGUCUGCCUGUUUAUUAGGUUUUUCCAGUACUGGAAUUAAAUCUUGCCAGAGAGUGUUGUACCUCCUAAUUUGUGCAUACUUAUUUAUUUUGAAUAGUAUCUAUAUCAUAUAGUACCGCUAAAAGCAUACCCAUUGAGACCAGUAGCAUACUGAGCACUGAAAACAAUUUUUCAAUGUUUUCCUUUUCCCAUCGUACUUGUCUGCUGAAGUUCAAACUCUCCAGUGUUGAAUGUGAUUCUCAGAAGGCCUUCAUGUCAAUUGAAAUUUAGACUAUCAAAUAUGUCAGAAGUCGAGAGUUUAGUUGCUAUUUUUUACUUUAAAAACUUAACUUUUCCCAUUCAUUUUCUUGUUUAAACAACUGGACAAAGAUAAAAUAGUUUUCCAUCAACUAUUAAACCUUAGAUAGUUGCCAUAAAGGAUUUUGUGUUGCAUUUCUUAGAAUUGUUCGAGACUGCUUAACGAAUCCAUAUAUAUAGCACGGUAAGGAUGGCGAACUGUCCUAGUAUGUUUGAAUUCUUGUUAUGUAACAUUUUGUGAUUUUCUGCUCUCUAAGGGAUGAGAUAUAUUUAGGAGAGUUUUCCAGAACAUUCUUUUUAAAAUACUUGUAAAGUCCUUCCAAAACUGACCGGGAAUGUGAUAAGAUCUAAAAUCAGAGAGUGACAAACUUGUCUUAUUUGAUGAAAAUGAAGAGACAGAGACAGUGGAACCAGGAACAGACUGGAGAGUCGCAUACAACUCCCGAUCCAAAACCCCCAAACACUCUUGUUGAUCCAAGAUCACAAAACAACCGAUUUCUCCCCCCCAUUCCUUCCUCCCUUGCUCCUUAUAUCUUGCUCCUUGGUAUAACUUCCCUCCGCCUUAUUUAGGCAGUUAUUCACCUAAGUAACUGCUCCUCGCCAUAACUGCUCCUUGCCAUAACUGCUUAAGUAAUGCUGACCUUUACUCUCUUAUUAGGCUUUGGGCCUUCUUUUUAAAAUAUGUGCCUGGAGGCUUAUGAGAAUGCAACCGCAUGAACGAGUCGGAUGAAUAAAAAAAAAUCUGCAGUUGAAUGAUUCUUUACGACAGAAAUGGGUGAUGGGGUGUAAUCAAUCAUAGCUGAUCUAAAAUUGGGUGAGGUCCAUUCAUUGCUUAUAUGUGCUCAGAAAAUAUACAUUGCUUGUAGUGAAAUUUUAAAGUGAGAUGAACAGUGGAGUAUGCCUGUAUAUAGAGUGGUAUUCCACAACAUAUCCCAUAUUCCCUUUCUUCGUGUGUUUACUGGUUGUUCUGUGUCAUCAGUUUAUGGUGCUGUUUUCAUGGUUCUCAAUGGUAACUGGAAAUGCAAUACUUUGUUCACUUCCAAAUAUUUAGGAGGUUAUUGAUAAUAGUUUUUAUAAAUUAUGAGAUAAGGAUAACUUCCUUUUAGUCUUUUUUGUGAAUAAGAAGAUGAAGAUCGUCUAAUUUGUAUAUAUCCCAUUAUUUGAUUAUGUAGCUUUGUAUUAUAUAAUGUCAUCUGUGUCACUGAGUUCUCGAUCCUCAAUUAUUUUUCAUAAUAUCUUUUUAAAAAAACUGGCAUGCCUCCCCUAGGCCUUGCUGGUCUGGGAUUCUACCUCACGAAGGUAGGUAUUAGGCUAAACACUCUUUGGUGCCUUAUGUAGGGCAGGGGCUUGUGGGAUGCUCCAACUGCCCUGAUAUGUGUGUUCUUGUAGGCAUAGGUCUUCAUCAUCGAGAAAAAUGCCCUGACUGUUAAAAGAUUCUUAAUUUUUAAUUCCUCCCCAUCUCUCCUCAUUUCUCAUCUUGCGUCGUAAUUACUUGCUCACCCCUUAGAUGUUCACCUCUGUUCAGGUUUCUGUAGAAGGUCAGAAGUUGCUGCGUGUGACAUCAGCUAGAGAUGUUUUCAGUACUUAAUAAGUUCAAGCUAUCUAUUAUUUUAUUUGAUAUAGGAUAGAAAAAUGAGCAUUCAAUUAAACUUGGAUGCUUUCAAGAACCUAAUGGCAUGGUAUGGAACCAGGAGAUUUGGAUCUGCUCUUCUCGUGACAUAAUUAAAAGGAAGUUAUUAAAUCUUCGUUUUUUAUGUACUGUAAUUAGGAAAGCUUUUGUCUGAUAAUUUGUUGGAAACUUGAUCAGUCUUGGGUAAUUUCUCCUCAAAUUUUCAGAUUAUUGAUGUGCUGUCAAGUUGCAAGCAAUAUUUUAACAAGAACAUCUAUGUAUCGUACUCCACUCUUCUGUUGAAGUAAGUCUUUUAUGGAUCUUUUACUAAUUGUCAUUUAUAGUCGAAACUCUGUCUUGAAGGAAGUAGGCUGUUUAAGAAGCCGAAAUUCACCAAUCGUUCUGAAAAAUUAUUUAUUUUCUUUUUAAAGUUAUGCCGUUCUAUUGAUCGACAUCAAGGAUCAACAAGGUCAAGCUCAGAUUCUGUCGGCCGCUCUAGAUGUACGUUGUGUUCGAUGUGCAUUAUUCCAUCACCUCUAACAUUUCUGUUUCUAACGUAUGUUCCUCCUGGGAUGUGCUGUUUAGUGCUCUCACAAAUCUUCAUCGUCGGUUUUAAACAAAUGGCACGACGCCAUCUGGCUUUGUGCGCUGGCAAUAGUCUCUUUGUUAUAAUCAGUAAGAUGAUUACUCUUUCAGGUUGCAGAGGAUGUCAACCAAGAUGUCGUCUCAAGAUUUAGAUCUCUUGUUGCCGUUGGAUCACUUGUAUCCUUGAGUGAAGCAUCACUAGAAUGCCAUGUCUUCACCCGGUUAUCUUGCAUUCUCAUUCGGAUUUACCAGUGUUAUUAUGUUUAUAUCAAGAUUUCCUCUCCUUCGUUUAGAUUUAUGCUAAUUGGCUGCUCUGGUGUCUCACAUUUUGAUGCGUAUGGCCUCCAUCCUCCGUGCUCUGGCAGUCUGCGCUGUUUAUCUAUUUUCAUUCGAAUCCAACCAUGUAGAUCAGCCAUGGUGUUCAUACUUUGCUUUGGUCAACUAUUGCAUGAAUCUGGCUUUUGUUGGGAUCUUAGGAGCUGGCUUGUCUUUUAGUCAAAGGAACAUAGAAUAGUCAACCCAUCACAUUGUUGACCUGAGUUUCUGAGGUUUCUGGAGAGAUGUCCUCCAGGCUGCUGAGAAUGCUGCUCUACGUUUUACUCAAGACAGUGAGCCUGGUUUCUUAUCACAUAAAGCAAUUGACUGUGUACGGAUUAAUUUGGCCAAAUUCUUCUUCUUUGUGUUGGAUCCUUUGUGUUUGACCUCCAGGUUUUAUCCUUUGUGUUGGAUCGAUCGAUUUUCUUUGGGGACAUGGUUGACUGGAGUUUCUGAGGUUUCUAUAUAUAUAAUCAUAGCUUGCGGUACCUGCUGUGCAACUGCUCCAUGCUCGUUGCUUUCCUUGAUCAUAAUUCUGGAAACAGAUGCUGAGCGGGCUGGUGAAAUCCAUUGCCAUUGGGUUUGAUGUCAAAGCCAUAGCAGAGGCCGCGAAGGCAUCUCAGGAGGCAGAGAUUGCCCAAGUGGGAGCUGACAUUGAGCUCUUGAUAACCGAUCCAUGA